AUGUCGUACGAUGUAAAACCGUUUCGAAAUGAGGAGCAAACGUUCAAUGAAUUUUACACCGAGGUGAAAGAAAUAGAGAAGCGCGAUUCGGUGCUUACAUCCAAACAGCAGAUCGAUCGGUUAUUGCGCCCGGGUGCAACCUAUUUCAACCUGAACCCGUUCGAGGUGCUACAGCUCGACUGUGAGACACCGUUGGAGCAGAUAAAGAAGAAAUAUCGCAGCCUCUCGAUACUGGUACAUCCGGACAAGAACCCGGACAAUCUCGAUCGCGCACAGCAGGCAUUCGAAAUCAUCAGCAAAGCUUACAAGACGCUCGAGAACGAAACAACGCGCAAAAAAUGUCUCGAGGUCUACGAAGAGGCGAAGGACCGCACCGAUAUGAUGAUUGUUGAAAAGAAGAAAAAACUGAAGAAGGAAGGCAAGUACGACGGUGUACCGGAGGACGAUCCAGCCAAGUACAAACACGCCAUCUACGUAAUGGUGAUGAAACUGUUCGCCGACAUCGAAAGACGCCGACAACAGCUAGAGGUGCGCGAUAUGGAAGAGCGUAAGCGCAAACGGGAGGCAGAGAUCGAGGAAGAGGAGCAGCGCGAUUUGCAGAAGGAAUGGCAGAAGAACUUUGAAGAAUCCCGCCAGAGUCGGGUCAACAGCUGGCACACGUUCCAAGCCGGUUCAUCCUCAACAUCUUCGUCGUCGUCCACCGCUGCGGCCGCUUCAACGGUGAAGAGCAAAAAAUCGAAAAAAGCCAAGUACACCUCGUUCAAUCCACCGAAAAUCAAACCGGAGACCCGAUAG